UUCCAGGCGUCAAACCGAAAGGGAACGCCAGCAUUAGUAAACAGUGGCUUAGGUGUACCGUCGCACUUGGCCCCGGAGCGUCCCGCGCAGUCGCUGGCAGCGACCCCUCCGCCCCCGACCCCCGCUCCGGCCUCGGAGUCUCGAGGCUCGGCUGGCCAUGCCUGGAGCGCGGGGUUUGACUGGGCCGCCGUUGUUGUAGUGACCGGGAGGUGCUGCCGCUCCGAGCAGACGGUUCCGGGCGCCUCGCGGUUCCCCUUUUCACCCUCUCCCCUUCCCUCCUCCCUCCCGCCCCCGUUUCCCCCCGCCCGCAGGAGCCCGGCGCCCACCGUUCCCCCAUGGCCUCCUCCCCGGAGGACCCCGUUCUGGAGCGUUACUUUAAAGGCCACAAAGCGGCGAUCACCUCCGUGGGCUUCAGCCCUAACGGCAAACAACUUGCUACUGCUUCUUGGGAUACAUUUCUCAUGCUAUGGAAUUUCAAGCCACAAGCUAGAGCUUUCAGAUAUGUGGGUCACAAGGAUGUUGUAACCAGCGUGCAGUUUUCUCCACAUGGAAACUUGUUGGCAUCUGCCUCACGAGACAGAACCGUUAGACUCUGGAUUCCUGAUAAGAGAGGGAAAUCAUCGGAAUUUAAAGCUCACACAGCUCCAGUCAGAAGUGUGGAUUUUUCAACUGAUGGCCAGUUACUAGCAACAGCUUCUGAAGACAAAUCCAUCAAAGUAUGGAACAUGUAUCGCCAGCGCUUCUUAUAUUCCUUGUACCGACACACACACUGGGUACGCUGUGCCAAAUUUUCACCUGAUGGAAGACUAAUUGUGUCAUGUAGUGAGGAUAAAACUGUUAAAAUUUGGGACACCACAAAUAAACAGUGUGUUAAUAACUUCUCAGAUUCUGUAGGGUUUGCCAAUUUUGUGGAUUUUAACCCAAAUGGUACAUGUAUAGCUUCAGCAGGUUCUGAUCACACUGUGAAAAUCUGGGACAUAAGAGUGAACAAAUUACUCCAGCAUUAUCAAGUUCACAACUCUGGAGUUAAUUGCCUGUCCUUCCAUCCUUCGGGUAACUUCCUCAUCACUGCUUCUUCAGAUGGCACGCUGAAGAUUUUGGACCUCUUGGAAGGAAGGCUCAUAUACACACUUCAGGGGCAUACGGGACCUGUCUUUACAGUUUCGUUUUCAAAAAAUGGAGAGCUGUUUUCAUCAGGGGGUGCAGACACACAGGUCUUAUUAUGGAGGACUAACUUUGAUGAUUUACGUUGUAAAGAUCUUAAGAGAAAUCUUAAGAGACUGCAUUUUGAUUCACCACCGCAUCUUCUUGAUAUCUACCCAAGAACACCACAUCCUCAUGAUGGCAAAACUGAGACUGUUGAAAUUAAUCCAAAGCUUGAGGUAAUCGAUUUGCAGAUUUCUACUCCCCCUGUUGUGGACAUCCUUUCUUUUGAUUCUGCUACAACCACAGAGACCAUUGGUAAAACUCCACCAGAAAAGGGUGAAGAGAUCUGUGGGUAUUUCUUGAACCCUUCCUUAAUGUCACCAGAAUGUUCACCAACAACAAUGAAAAAGAAAACAGAAGACAUGAGUGACUUCCCCUCUGAGAGUCAGAGAAGCAUUCCACUUGCAGUGACUGACGCUUUGGAGCAUAUUAUGGAACAGCUCCAUGUUUUGACACAGACCGUAUCAAUCUUGGAGCAGCGACUCACUUUGACCGAGGAUAAGCUGAAAGACUGCCUGGAAAAUCAGCAAAAGCUUUUCAGUGCUAUCCAACAGAAAAGCUGAAUUAGGGAAGUGCCAGCAGAGGCACUAAGAGUGAACACAAAUCCAUAUACUCAGGAAGGCAGCACAAGGUGCUCCACGAGGCACGAUCAUGCGCUCUUUGUCAUGGCAUUUCUUAAAGGGUGAGCAGCAGAGCAAAAGGCCAAAAAGGAAUAUUUAAAGCCUAAUUUAAACACAAAUCAGUGUCAAUGACUAAAUCACUAGCAUUUAUGAUUGCAGUAAUAAAGUGAUAAGCAUUCAAGUGA